AUGAUUUCUAGAAUAACCAAUUCACUACGUAGUAUUGGAAAUAAAUAUAAAAAUAAUAAAAAUGGUAUAGCUUAUUUACAAAGUGAUCAAGAGAUGGCUGAUACCUUCAAAACAUUCAUAGCAACAGAAACAUUCAAAUCAGUAUACUAUAAUAAUGAGGGUGACUUUAAAAAGUUUUUGGAUAAUUCAGAUAACAUCAAUGGUAUAUUGAACGAGGCAGAAAACACCAAAUAUAUGAAGCAAAAAGAAUCAAUUUCACAGGUUUUAAAUACACAAUUAUUGGAAAUGUACGAAUUAAUGCAUUCAUAUGGAGGAAAGAACAGUUAUCCACCACCACUCAAAGAUUUACCAUAUUAUUCAAUGGAGGAGAAAUUAAAGAGAUGUCUUUCAAUUAAAGAGACUGACAAUAGAGGCGAACCAAUCGAGCAUCCACGUGGUUUUAAAAUUCAUGUUAAAAGUUCUACAGUAGAUCAUGAGGAGGCAGGUUAUGGUGUUUAUAUAGAGGGCGAGGUUAUACCGGGUACAGUGGUUGCAUUGUAUCCAGGCGAUACAUAUGAUGGAGAGAAUAUACCUCCAUCUAUAGUUAGGGAAAAUGAAUAUAUGAUGUCAAGAUACGAUGGCACUAUUAUCGAUGGGAGAUCAUGGAAUAAGAAAUGCGACGAACUUACAUUAAAAUCAAAAAUGUUUAAAGAAAUUGGAACCAAUGUCAAACCUACAGAUAUAUUAUGUUACAGAAAUCCAUUUGCAAUUGGUAAUUUUAUAAAUCAUCCACCAGCAGAUGAUCAACCAAAUGUUAUAGCAUAUGCUUUCAACUAUAGAAGAGGAUUUCCUGAUCAUUUAGUUCACUAUAUACCAAAUCGUACAAUUACAGAAAAUCAAUAUUUCAGUGAUAACUCUGUCAUUCGUAGAGGAGUUGUAUUAAUAGCAUUCAAACCAAUUAUAAAUAGUGAACUUUUCUUAAACUAUAGAUUUAAUCCAGAUUUACCUUAUCCGGAUUGGUACACCCAACCAGACUUGGAGGAAGCAAAAAGAAGAUGGGGUGAAAGAAGAAGCAUUUCAAUUCAUUCAGUUUUAAAUAAAUUUAAAUAA